UGUCCCAUGCAGGUGUGCAGACAAGCCGAGGACACGCAGACAAGACGACCGGCUGUUACACCAGAGGAGAAAUCCACCGACGAAGACUCCGGGGAAGAUGAACUGGGGCUUUCUGGAGAACAUCCUCAGCGGGGUGAACAAGUACUCCACUGUGAUCGGGCGCAUCUGGCUCACCGUGGUCUUCCUCUUCCGCAUCCUGGUGUACGUGGCGGCGGCGGAGCAGGUGUGGAAGGACGAGCAGAAGGACUUCGUGUGCAACACGCGGCAGCCCGGCUGCGAGAACGCCUGCUUCGACCGCUUCUUCCCCAUCUCGCAGGUGCGCCUCUGGGCCCUGCAGCUCAUCAUGGUGUCCACCCCGUCGCUGCUGGUGGCGCUGCACGUGGGCUACCGGGAGCACCGCGAGGCCAAGCACCACCGCAAGCUGUACAAGGACAAAGGGAGCAUCGACGGCGGCCUCUUCUGCACCUACGUCUUCAGCCUGCUGUGCAAGAUCACCUUCGCGGCCUUCCUUCAGGUGCCACGCUUCCAGGUGCCCCUCCUGCUGCGCUGCAGCGAGAGCCCGUGCCCCAACACGGAGGACUGCUUCAUCGGCAAGGCCACGGAGAAGAAGAUCUUCCUCUACAUCAUGGGCUGCACGUCCGUGCUGUGCAUCGGCCUGAACCUGGCGGAGCUGGCGUACAUCGUGUGGAAGCACGCGUGGAAGUGUUUCUCGCGCCGCUAUGCCCCGAUCGGGGGGGAAGGGCAGCGGCGGCGGCGGCCCGACAGCCGAGGCCGGUCGCCGGCGCUCGGCAGCCGAGGCCGGUCGCCGGCGCCUGGCAGCCGAGGCCGGUCGCCGGCGCCCGGCGGGGUCGAGGACGGGUCGGCCGAGGCGAACGCGGAGGACGGCCUCGCCGCCGGCGGGAAACCGGCCCGUCCGGUCCGAGAGGGCCACGCCCACGAGGGCUCGUGUUCCCAGGAGCCACCGGGACACGUAAACACGCUCGCCGCGGCAGCCGGGCCGAGAGACGCCGCGUGCGAGGCUUUAGAAACGGACCAAGUUUAGAUAUUAGACAGAAACACCGACGGGUCAACAGGAGGAAGUCAUUACAAAUAGCGUCAAAUUCAACACUUUACACCAAUGUUACACUUUUGUAUUCGUUUAAAACUUUUUUAUAAUCAUUCGUUUGUCUUCUGAGGCUGAGAGACAAUUAUAUUAAUAAUCUGGAUUCAGAGACUUAAAUAAACACGACAUUGUUUUGCGUGUUUACAAAGCACUGGAGGUCAAAUCAGAGAUGCAUUGUGGGAAAUUUGGGAUGCAGUAUUUGUCGAGUUCGGCCCUCACGAAGAACUUCAAGUGAUUCCCAAAAAACUAGCACAUUCCUGCUAUAAUAAACAAACAAACAAAAUAUUUAACAUAUAUAUACACAUAUAUAAACACACAUACAUAUAUAUACACCUAUAUAUAUGAAUACAGAUAUACAUAUAAAUGCACAUAUUUAAACACACGUAAAUAUCUAAAAAUAUAUAUUCAGAUAUUUAUAUAUGGUCAAUAGCUUUUUUGUUGAAAACAAUUAAUAUAUAUAAAUUAACUUACAUUAUUACGUCAAAUGAUGAAUGCCGCUGCUCAGCUCAACUGGAGUUUCUACCGGUUAUAAAAGAAGUGAAUGUUUAUUAGGAGUUAUUUGCUAAACUGUGUCUUUAUUUUGUGUCAAUUAAAACAAAAGGUUGGUUCUUUGACGGCCGAUCAAUAACUCGCACUGCGUGUGUGAAGCGAACACAUGUCGCUGUGCCUGGAAUGCGUCAUGAGAAGUAUUCUUCACAGAAAAGAGAAGUUGUCGAGAUAUCUAAAACAAAUGUAAUUCUGACUCAAAACACAGAAUUCAAUCUCAGGAAAUAAUUAAAAUAAAUUGAAAGAAAUCUACAUUACUUAAAUUAUUAUCAACAGCAGAAAGGAUAAAAUAGGUAAACCUUUCUUUAGAAGUUCGUGGACAUAAUUUAUAUCAAAAGUUGAGCUCAUGUCUUUGUAUUCGUCCAUUUUGUGUUCAUAAGUACUGAUGUAACAUUUUAGUUUGUAACUAUUCAAACGCUUCAAUUCUUCUGCUUAUUUAUAAUUGCAAUAAUAAAUGAUUCAUAUUUCCACCACUGAAUACUCUUUUAUUUUACACCUUUACAAUGUUUUUAAUUGCCAGUUAACCGGAAGACGAUGAAUAAACGAGACCGUCGCGACAUUUAAUGAGUUUUGAGAGUUAAAAGUUUACAAAAAAGGGAAAUGUGGGAAAUGUCUCCAUUUCCUAAAUUUGGAAAACAUUUGAAAUUAUUCUGACGAGCAUUUAAUUCAAAAUUAUCCAAUUUUCGACUUGAGAAAUAAUGCAACUCUGCAGAAUGGAGCCCAUUUGUUUUCAAUAUUUCUAAUAAUAUUUCCGUGCGUGCAGCAGCGGCCAAACUUCACACCAAAAACUGCACGAAAAAACUGAAAAUGAAGAACAAGUCGAGCUGGUUGUAAAAAAACUGUUCAUUUAAUAAGCCUGCUGGCGGCAGCGCGUGACUAAUAACCAACGCACAAUAAUCAACAUCUUUAAAAUCACAAGCUACACACACACACACACAUUACAACCCAUUUUUCAAAGUCUCAUUUUAGCCUCUACGUCCCACAGGGAUGAUUAAGACGCCAAAAAGUCGAUUUCACAUCAACACAUGUUCAGGUAACCUUUCCGCCCAUAAAUAAAAACAUGCUAUAUACUUUUGCAUAAAAAAAAAAAAAAAAGUACACAUAAUUCAGGAUCAUUUAAAACUUGUUUUGCUUUUUUCAUAAUUUUCAAUUUUUAAAUUUUUUUUUUUAAAUAGCUGAAUGUGUAGAAAAUAUUCCCCGUGUGGUGGACAGUCUGCAGCAGACGGGACUCAUUCUAGUCCUGAGGUUCUGCUUCGCAGCAAAAAAAACAAA